CAUUCAUCUAAUAGCUUCAGGCCCAUUCGCGAUGAGAGCCCCUUCUUCGCUGGUUACGAUGAGGCCUCCAGCUCGAGUCCCGCUUCUCCACUUCCAUUUGUAACUCCCAUUACCACCUCUGCAAUGGCUUCAGGGUGCGUUUUCGUUAAUGACCAUCAUCAAUGUUCUGCUCAUUUGCUCGGCAUGGAGCCGUCGGCCGACGUGAGGCUGAUGCCCUCAACCUACUUACCUCAUUCCAAUUACCUAUGGAGUGAAAAUCUGCAAGUAAAUGGAGUACCAAUGUUAAUGGACAUCAGGAAUAAAGAAACAUACUUUCAUCUUAUCUCCACAUUUCUGAGUAGCUAUAUUCAUAACCAAAUUUAA